AUGGAGGCCCUCUUGACACAUUCCUUUGACUACCUUUCCUCCUACGAGCCAAACAAAAUCCGCAAGGGUCUCCGCCAGGUCGAAGGACUACUCGCGCAGAUAUGUCUUUCGCGCACCCAGCAAUCACAAUUGGAAAAAAGACGAUCCAUGAUUCCUCUCGGCCAAGCACCACCGGCGCCAAAGGCAUUGAGCGAGUUGGCGGAGGAUCCGGCUUUUCGUGAAUUUUUUAAGCUGCAGGAGGGGUUUCAGUGGAACGUUGCCAUUCGUCUCGUCACCUGCUUGGAGCAUCUCCUCGGCCGCGGAAGCAAUGGCGCAAACGACCUUUUGAUAAUUUCUACACUGGACCUGAUUCAGGGCGCUCUCCUUUUGCACCCGCCUUCAAGAUCACUCUUUGCGCGCGAGAUAUAUAUGAAUAUUCUUUUGGAUCUGCUGGAUCCCAUUAACUGCCCCGCCAUUCAGUCUUCCACUCUGUUGACCUUGGUGACAGCGCUAUUGGACCAGCCCGCGAACACGCGCACUUUUGAACAAUUAGAUGGGCUUCUCACUGUCACGUCGCUGUUCAAAUUGCGCGCAACUUCUAGAGAAGUCAAGCUGAAACUGGUCGAGUUCUUGUACUUCUACCUCAUGCCCGAAACGCCCACUAGUAUCCCCUCGGUUGCUGCCAGUGCGCCCAACACAGCGGUCCUCGGACUGCAUCGAAGCCCGAGCAAGUUGUCGGGUGCUUUUGCCAAGAGUUAUACGCCUGCGAGUGACAAUCACACUGCAGGUCGCGAAACUCGUACCACAGAGGAGAAGCAGAAGAUUCUUGGCCGUUAUCUGAGCAAUGUUGAGGACUUGGUCGAGGACCUGAAGGAGACUGCUCCGUUUGGGAGCGCCGUUUAUUAG